AUGAGACAUAAGUUAAUAAGUUCAAGAUGGAAAUGUAUGAUUAUUGUUUCAAGUAUUUUCUUGACAUUGAAUACUGUGGUAUUUGGAGUGCCAUUAAGUAUGUCAUAUUCAAAUCAAGAAAAUAUUAUGAAUGAACAUUUAGCACACGAAAACGAAUAUGACAAAAAUCUAGCUAAUUCAAGCUGUAUAGUCAAUGGUUCAAAAUAUGGAGAAGGUGAAUAUACACCCGGAGCCGGUCCAUGUGAAGAAUGUAUUUGUCAUCCACCAAAUGUUGUAUGUUCAAUGAUGAAAUGUCCAAUAAAUACUGGUUGUAUUACAAUUCAGUUACCAAAUAAAUGCUGUCCAAAGUAUAAAUGUGAUUGUGAACAUAAAGGUAAACAGUAUAAUAAUGGAGAAAAAAUUAAUAAAUCUGAUGAAUCAGAAUGUAGAGUGUGUUUUUGCAAUGGUGGAGAAAUAGUAUGCACUUCUAUUGUAUGUUACACUAGAAAUGACUGUCAAGGAUAUUAUUUACCAGGAGAUUGUUGUCCUAAAUAUGAUAAUUGCUCGUCAACUUCAAUAGAACAAAAACCAAAAGAGUCAAUGAAUUCUAAGAAAUCAAAUAGUAGAAAUAUUGAUUACUGGUCACAUACUACAGAACAGAAUUACUACAAUGACAGCAUUUGGAAAAGAGAUACAGUAAAAAUACAAAAACAAGAAUUGACUACAGUUCCAAAUUUUGUGACAACAGUGCCUAUAUAUGACCCCAAUAAAGUAAUUAGGGACACUUCAUUACCAAAUAAUUAUUUUGAAGAACUUGAUGCUUCAACAUCAAUUUCAUUACUUGAAAAAAAUAUUACUUUCAACAAAUCAGAUGAUAUUAAUAAUUUAGUAACUGUGGGUGAUCUCUUUGAAAAUUCAAAAACUUCAUUUUUAGGUUUUGAAAUAGAUAAUUUUACAACAAAUGUAGAAACCACUGAUACUAGCUUUAUAGCAAACAAUACAACUUCAGAAAUUGUACCUCAAUUUGAAGAAUUAUUUGAUACUACAACAAAUAUUGAUAAUUCAGUAAUAAUAACUGAUCAAAAUGGUACUGAAACUAUUAUAGGGUUGACAGAGGAACCGGCUAUUGAAGAAAUUAGUAACUCGGUACCUGAAACAAGUAGUACUCUGGUUGAAAUUUUUAAUCCAAAUGAUUUAAUAUUAGAUACAGAAAAACCGAUGAUUGAACUUUCCACUAUAACAUCUGAAAUGGAUGUAACAAGUGAAAUGGAUUAUGAAGGGUCAAGGGAAGCAACUACACCAAGAGCACCCGAUAAAUCAACAAUUGGUACACCUCAUAAAUUAGUUAUGGACACUCUACAAAAAAAAAUUGAGGAUGAGAUAAAUACAGAAAAUACAUUUACAGAUUUAGAAGAUACAACAGAUAUGUUUGGACCAAACUUUGGCUAUAAAACACAAACACAUCAGAUUCCCUUUGAUUCAAAUUCAGAUAGUACACAAAUUAAAAGAAAUACUUAUACAACAAAUUUACCUACCAUAUUAACAACCUUAACAAAUAUAAAAGAAACAACCACAGAAUCUCCCCAAAAUGAAUUACUCAAUAGACCAUUCAGCAAUUCAAAGAUAAAAAAAAAUAAAAAUAAUAUAUCAGAAAACAUAGAAUAUUAUCUAAAAAAUGCAUAUGUUAAUAAAAAUAAUGCAACUGAAAUGUUUAAUGACACAAAUUUUCUGGAAUUAGAGCAAAAUAAUACUGCAUCGUGUGUAAAUAAUAGUUGUACCAAUUCUUCAAAACUAAAUGAUGAACUAUUCGACCCUCAAUCAGAGUCAACUUCAACUACUCCUUUUAUUAUCGAAACAAAAUUAUUACCAAUUCAAGACUCUAUUCGUUCAGUUAUUAAAAAAAUUACAUAUCCUAAAGAAUAUCCUGACGAAUUUGAAACAAUUCAAAAUGGACCAUCUUUGACUAUAACAAAAAGAACAUACACAAGUAUCCCAGACAUAGUUUAUACAACAACAACAAUGGUUACUUUGCCAACUUUAGAUUUAAUUUAUCAAGCUGAUAAAGAAAUUGAAAAAUAUUUAUCUGGAAUUCAAUCAACUACUAUUAAACCAAGUAAUAAUUUAAGUCCACUUCGAAAUGUAUCAUUUUUAAACUCAACUUAA